AUGUCUUACAUGCAAAUAUCUCAAAAGUUUUACGAUGCUUUCAAGAUUUGUGGGUCUCCACCCAUUGCACGCAAACUUCACGCCCAACUCAUACUCUCCGGUUUGGACGCUUCCAUCUUCUUACUAAACAAUCUACUGCACAUGUACUCCAACUGUGGCUUGAUAAAUGAUGCUUUUCUGGUUUUCAGUGAGGCCAAUGAUCGUAAUAACUUUACUUGGAAUACAAUGAUCCAUGCCUUUGUUGAUUCGGGUCGGAUGAGGGAAGCAGAGCACUUGUUUGAUGAAAUGCCUGUGAGAGUUAGAGACUCUGUUUCUUGGACCACCAUGAUAUCUGGUUAUUGUCAAAAUGGGCACCCUGAGGAUAGCAUCAAAACUUUUGCUUCAAUGCUUCGGGACUCUAAUUAUCAAAUUCAAAACUAUGAUCUCUUUUCAUCUACUUGUGCAAUGAAGGCUUGUGGCUGCCUUGGAAACACUCAAUUGGCUCUUCAGUUGCAUGCCCAUGUUAUCAAGUUACGUUUAGAAACCCAAACUUGUAUUCAGAAUUCCCUUGUUGAUAUGUAUGUUAAGUGUGGAGCAAUCACUAUGGCCGAGACUGUUUUCUUCAUCAUUGAAAGCCCAAGUUUGUUUUGUUGGAACAGUAUAAUUUAUGGUUAUUCUCAAUCGUAUGGACCCUAUGAAGCUCUAAGUAUAUUCACUCGAAUGCCUCAACGUGAUUGUGUUUCUUGGAACACGCUGAUCUCAGCUUUCUCUCAACAUGGUCUUGGGGUUCACUGUCUUAGUUUGUUUGUAGAGAUGUGCAAUCAGGGUUUUAGGCCCAAUUUCAUGACUUAUGGUAGUGUGCUUAGUGCAUGUGCCAGCAUUUCUGAUCUGGAUUGGGGUACCCAUUUGCAUGCUCGGAUUCUUCGCAUGGAACAUAGCCUGGAUGCGUUUUAUGGAAGUGGUCUGAUAGAUAUGUAUGUGAAAUGUGGAUGCUUAGGAUUGGCAAGGCGUGUGUUUAACAGUUUAGGGGAACAUAAUCAAGUUUCUUGGACUUGUUUGAUCAAUGGGGUUGCACAGUUUGGACUUGAUGGAGAUGCUUUGGUACUAUUUAACCAAAUGAGGCAGGCUUCUGUGGCGUUGGAUGAUUUUACUCUUGCCACGGUUCUUGGGGUUUGUUCAGGUCAAAAUUAUGCUGCCAUCGGUGAACUACUUCAUGGAUAUACAAUCAAAUGUGGGAUGGAUUCCUCUGUUCCUGUAGGGAAUGCAGUCAUUACAAUGUAUGCUAAGUGUGGAGAUACUGAGAAAGCUAAUCUUGCAUUUAAAUCAAUGCCAAUUAGAGAUACCAUAUCAUGGACGGCAAUGAUCACUGCAUUCUCUCAGAAUGGAGACAUUGACAAAUCCAGGGAAUAUUUUAAUACAAUGCCUGAGCGUAAUGUAAUAACUUGGAACUCUAUGUUAAGCACAUACAUUCAACAUGGCUUUGCAGAAGAAGGCCUGAAGUUGUAUGUUUUGAUGAGAAGCAAAGGAGUCAAACCAGAUUGGAUCACUUUUGCAACCUCAAUCAGGGCCUGUGCUGACUUGGCUAUUAUAAAACUUGGGAUACAAGUUGUAUCUCAUGCUAUAAAGUUUGGACUCAGUUCAGAUGUUUCAGUUGCAAAUAGUAUUGUUACCAUGUAUUCAAGAUGUGGACAAAUCAAAGAAGCACAGAAAGUUUUUGGCUCGAUAUACGAUAAAAACCUGAUUUCCUGGAACGCUAUGAUGGCAGCAUUUGCUCAAAAUGGUUUAGGUUUGAAAGUAAUUGAAACAUUUGAGGAUAUGUUGAAAACGGAGUGCAAACCUGAUCAUAUAAGCUAUAUUGCUGUUUUAUCUGGUUGCAGCCACAUGGGGCUUGUAGUUGAAGGGAAACAUUACUUUGAUUCCAUGACUCAAGUUUUUGGCAUUUCUCCAACAAAUGAACACUUUGCUUGUAUGGUAGAUCUUCAUGGACGAGCAGGGUCACUAGACAAGGCCAAGAAUUUGAUAGAUGAAAUGCCUUUUAAGCCAAAUGCCACUGUUUGGGGUGCUCUACUAGGAGCAUGCCGAAUCCAUCACGAUUCAAGACUAGCAGAAACUGCUGUGAAGAAGUUGAUGGAACUAAAUGUUGAAGAUUCUGGAGGUUAUGUACUUCUAGCAAAUAUAUAUGCUGAGAGUGGAGAAUUAGAAGGUGUUGCUGACAUGAGAAAGCUGAUGAAAGUAAAAGGAAUUAGAAAGAGUCCAGGUUGUAGCUGGAUAGAGGUUGAUAACAGGGUACAUGUGUUCACUGUAGAUGACACUAGUCAUCCACAGAUAAAGGAAAUUUAUGUAAAACUGGAGGAGAUGAUGAAGAAGAUAGAAGAUACAGGUAGAUAUAUUACUGCAGUCUCUUCUGCUCAUAGGAGUAAGAAAUACCAUAGUGAAAAACUUGCCUUUGCUUUUGGGUUGCUCAGUUUGCCAUCUUGGAUGCCUAUACAUGUAAUGAAGAAUCUCCGUGUUUGCCAUGAUUGUCACUUGGUAAUAAAGCUAUUGUCUUUUGUCACCUCAAGGGAACUUAUCAUGAGGGAUGGAUAUCGAUUUCAUCAUUUCAAAGAUGGGUUUUGCUCCUGUGGAGACUAUUGGUAA